AUUUACCUAAGUCGUUAUGCAGUAUGCGGUACUAAUAUAGUAAAGUUAACGUCUUACAAAAUAACUAAAGUCUAUAUACAAUCAUAUUUAAUUUUCCGUUUUUUAUGAAUAAAUGUGAUAGUAAAUAUCUUUGAAAUGCAUAGUAGGACAAAAAUUAUUACCUUAGCGGUAAUAUUCGCAUUUUCCAUAGAAUUUCGACCCUUGGAUUAUUUUAUGACUAGCUAUCUAGCCGGUCAAGGAGAAAACGUUACAGAUACUCAGGGGACAGAUGAGUUGAUGCGUCUUAAAGACUAUUCAAGCAUAUUAACUAUUUUGGUAAUAAUGAUGAUAACAGAUAAUUUACUUUACAAACCAGUCAUCUUAUUCAAUGUCUUCUGUGCAAUUAUCGUUUAUUCAAAUCUUGUUAUAAUACCUAAUUUCAUCCCGUUAAAAGUAGUUCAACUAUGUGUGGCGUUUUUCAAAUCGUACGAAGUAAUCUACUUUAGUUAUUUAUUUGCUAAGGUACAGGACAAAAGAUAUUAUCAGGUAACAUCGGGAUUAGCUAGAACCGCAAUGUUGAUGGGUAAAUGUUGUUCGUUGGUAUUAGCUCAGGCGUUAAUAGUUAUUUACGGAAAAGAUUACGUUAACAAAUUAGCGUGUUAUACAUUGGGAAGUGUGGUUUUUGCAUUUGCCUGUGCAUCACUUUUGCCAUCAGUAAAACGGAAUAGUAAAAAUAACGAUGAUACUGUAACAGAAUUUAUUUCAGACAAUAAUAACGAACAACUUAAUUUAAAGAAAAUACCUCUUCAAUCUAAAUCGUUUGCAGCCGAACCUAUGUCGAAACAAUUAUGGGAAGACUUUAACGAAUCUUAUAAAAACUUAAUCGUUUUAAAAUGGUCCAUUUGGUACUGUUUGGCAUUAGUCGGCUAUAUGACGAUAAAAAUUUCAAGUUUAACACACAAAUUGGGUGAAAAUGAGCAAGCUGAUUGUAUAGUCGAGUCCUUGACCAUAUUUAUUGGGGCCAUCAGCUCGUACAAAAUCGGUGUAAGACGUGUGAAUUGGACAUUAAAUGGUAAUGCGUUUAUAGGAUCUGGGUCCUCGAUUCUCGGCAUAUGUUUGAUAUCUUGUUAUUUUCAUCAAAAUAUGUUAUCAAUCCAACUUUCGUACAUAUUAUUUGGAGCACUCAUCCAAGCAAUGUUUGUAACAGCGUUGUCUGAAAUAGCAAAACAGCUGAAAAAUAAUUGUUAUACACUUGUAUUGGGUUUCAAUUCGUUCAUCUCACUGAUACUGUUACUGUGUUAUAAAGAAAUCUUUAUCCGUGGCAAUUUUUUUAAAAUUGAUAUACCUGAACAGGUUUUAUUCUACGGUGGUUUAUACAUUUUUCUUGGAACAAUUUAUUUGAUACCAUCCGGAAUAUCAUUCAAUAGAAAACUAAAUAAUAGUUGUCCGGUCUACGAUAUAACUGAAUAGUUAUCAACGACUCAUCACAAACCAUUUGCACUACACAUUACCUUAGUUAAAAUUUAAGAUUCUGUUUAUAUUUAAGUUAUUGAUCCAUUUAUUUUGAUCUCAGUCAUUAAUUAGUUACCAACCUCAAACAUUUUUUUGAGAAAUAUAAUUUUAUAAUACUACCUAUAUGAAAUACUGAAAUUGAGAACUAAUUAAAAGUAUAUUCGCUUUACCUACAUUUAUUAGUUUUGAUAUUGUACUUUUAUAAUAAACCUUUGAUAUUUA